AUGGUAUCACCAAGUACUAAAUCAAAUGAUGGUACUGUACCAUCAUUAACAAACAACAACAAUAAUGUUAAUAAUAAUAAUAAUUUAAAUAUAGAAAUGCCAACAUUAUCAUUAAAAAUGGCAAAUGAUUUAUUAUUAGAGAUGGAAAAUUUUAUAAAGACAGAUUUAGCAAUGUUAGAGAAAUUUUAUACAACAGAUUAUAGGGAUGUACCACAUGAAAGGGCAAUAAAUAAAGCAAAAAGAAAAUUUGAAAAGAGGAGAGGACCAUUAUUAAUUAAACCAUUGAAUAAAACUAAAAAGAAGAUGGUAGUUGGUGAAAUGGAAUAUGAUCCAAGAUCACAAGUUUGGAAAGGUAAUUAUAAUGAUUUGAAUGCAUUCCCAAACCCACCAGCACUUAUCACAAAUAUGGGUGUCAAGACUGAUGAAUCGAUGAAAUUGGGUAACAUGAAAUGGGAUCCAAAUCAAAAGGAGUGGAAAGGUAAUGAAGGUGAUUUAACCAAAUUUAGAUUCUUAAAGCCUGCACUCAUUAGUCAGUUAACACCAAAUUUGGAUAGUCGUGUCGAGAAUGGUAUGAUCUAUGAUCCUAUCGCAAUGAAAUGGAAAGGUAAUGAAGAUGCAUUGGAUGUCUUUGAAACAAUGGAUGAUCAAAACAAUGAUAAUACCUUUACCGUUGGUAAAGAGUUUAAUUUAACACCAUCUUUAAUCGCUUCCUUCAAGAAAUCCUCAGAAGCUCACACUAAACAAUUAAGUGGUUGGUUUGAAAAUAGAGAUCUCAUUGAUAGGGAAUAUUUGUAUAGUAUUAGAUCAAUGUCAAUUAUCAAAUUGGUUAAAUCUGCCUCUUACACAGGCCAUGGUAAUAAUUCUGGAUCUGCAAAUGGUUCAGGCUCUAGUAGUGGUGGUGGUGCUUCUAAUCAUCAACCAUCAUCACCUGGUGGUUCAGGUAUUAUUCCUUUAAUACCAUCAAAAAAGAAACCAGUUAUCGAUGAAACUAAAGAUUGGGAUGAUAUCGAUUUUCAAGAGAAGCCUGCACUCAAAUUAAAUUUAAAGAUUCAUCACGAUGCUGAAGAUGAAAGAAUGAUGGCAAUGAAUGAUGAACCAAAUUGGGAUAAAGAAAUGGGUUUCACCUCUGAAGAGGAAACUUUAUCAUCAAAUAAUGAAAAUGGUGGUCAAUUAUCUUCUUCAUCACAACCUCAUACCCCAAGAAAAACUGUUGAAGAAUGGUCCGAUUUUGAUAACACAAUGAACUCUACUAUCACUGGUAAAAUCACACAAUUAAAUAAAAAAGAUAGUAAUCUAAAUGGUACAAGUAAUAGUAGUUUAGGUAAUCUAAUUAAUUUCAGUGGUGGUAAUAUUAGUAAUAGUAGUGGUGGUGGUGGUGGUGGUGGUGGUGGUGGUAAUAAUCCAAAAUCAUCAGAUGAUGAAGAUUUUGAUUGGACUGGUAAUAAUACUUUAACAAGUGUAACACUUUCUGGUACAUUAUAUAAUAAUAAUAACAAUAAUAAUAACAAUAAUAAUAAUAAUAAUAAUAAUAAUAAUAAUAAUAAUAAUAAUAAUAAUAAUAAUAAUAAUAAUAAUAAUAAUAAUAAUAAUAUCAACAACAAUAAUAAUAAUAGUGGUAGUAUUAAAUCUAAAAAAGGUGGUAGUCUUAAAGGUGUUUUCAUUGGAAAUAGUGGAUCAAUUAGACCUAAAAAGACAUCAGAUAAAUUAAAACGUGGUGGUACAUUUGGUAAUAUUCAAUCAUUAGCCGCAGCAAUGGCAUCAAAUACACCAUUAAGCUCUAGUAGUAGUACAGUUGCAGGUGGUAAUGUUAAUGAUCUCUAUGAUGAUGUUUUCCCAGUGCCAAAUGGUUCAGUAUUUACCCUUAGAAAUAAACCACAUGAAGAUAACUUUGAAAUGUUUUUAGAGAGUAGUAAUGGUAUUUCAAGUCCAAAGGAUGAACCUUGUGAUGAAACUAUGAAAUUCUUUGAGAGUGAAAAAGAUGUUUUCGAAGAGGAUUGGCCUGAUGUGCGUGUACCAGCUGAUUUAGGUCAAAAGAAAUCUCACGAAAGUAGAAAAUCACCACCAAUCAAAAAUAAUCUCGUAGAGGAUUACUCUGAUGAAUUGGAUAUGCCAAAGGUUAGUCAACCACUUCAAUUGAAAAAACAUACUCUCAUUGAUAAUCCAUUUGGUGAUGAUGAUGAUGUUGGUUUCGAAAAUGAUAAUGAUUUUGAUUGGGAUGAUGUAUCUUUCCCUGAAAAUCCUUCACAAUUAAUUUCCUCAACCUCAAAACUUUCAAAACCAAUACCUGUUACUGCAAACUCUUCAAAUACAACUUCAACCACCACAACAACCACAACUACAACAUCAAGUAAUAUUAUAAUAAAUAAUAUAAAACAAACUAAUAAUAAUAAUAUUUUUACACCAUCAAAAAUUAAUAAUAUAAAACCAACGUUAACACCACAACAAAACUCAAAUAAUAAUUUUAAUUUCCAAACUCCUUCAUCAACACCAUUCCGACCAAUUUUCACAAAAAAUUUAGAUGGUGAUAAUAAUAAUAAUAUAAAUAAUAUAAAUAAUAAUAAUAGCGCUAAUAAUACUUUACCAACACCAUCAAAAAUUAAUAAUAUAAAACCAAUGUCAACACCUCAAAAUGUAACACAUUUCACUUUCCAAACACCAAAUACAACUCCAUUCAAACCAACCUAUAAACCUAAAAGUGUUAUCGAGAUUAUGAACUCCGAUUCUCCACCUCCUUCUUUUGAAUCUGAUAAAAGAAAUGUAUAA